CUGCGCCUGCUUGAAUGCUUCGUGACAUGACAAGAUUGACGUGAUAUGUUGCAGCCGCAGGAUGCAGGACAUGAGUUAAUGCUUGCAUGACACCUGGUAUUUCCAUGUGUGAAAAUAAAGAAGAAGAAAGAAAAAUGAGAUGCUAUAGUUGCGGUCAAACUCAAGGGCAGCAAAUUGAGGGCAAAUGCUGCGUACGCUUUCCGAGCAUAGUUAACGCCUUUUGCCACUUUGGCCAUGUAGGCUUGCAGCUACCGAUCUACAGUAGCUAGCUGGACUACGUCUACUCAGAUGCUCUCUUUGGGUACACAUUAUGUCUCGUCGUCAGGCAAAGUAGUCCGCAGAGGUUGCCAACACAUGUCACAUAGUCUUCCCUGAAACGGAGAGCAUCGUUCUGACGGUAUCUCGUCUGCAACAUCACCGCUAGCCUACCAAUAUACCUUGACUCACUCCGCGUGCACUCGGUCACACUUCAAUCUGUCCAUCGUUUCUACCCCAAAACAACAAAACGAGCUAGCUAGCAAGCUGAUUUAAUACAAGUUGUGACGGAGUGAUGUAGUGAGUGGUGUGUGCAGUGGUAGAAAACAAGUGUCGAGUGUGUAUACCGCCACUGGAUCGAGUAGCAUAUAUACGCCCAUUCUACCGUGCUCUGCCAAGCCAUAGUCACUACUGCACUACACCACAUCAGUCGACACACAAGUAGCUGAUCCAUGGACAGCGGAGGCGCGAGAGGAGGAGACCACGGCCGCCACCACCUCGGCCAGCUUCGGCCGGCAACGUGGAGCUUCGCCGGUGGCGGCGGCGUCCCGUGGCCGGUGGCGGGACAGAGGUCGUCGUCGUCGUACAUCUGCGGCUACUGUAAGAGGGAGUUCCGGUCCGCGCAGGCGCUGGGAGGCCACAUGAACGUCCACCGGAGGGAGAGGGCCAGGCUGUGCUACUACUACUCCUGCGCCGCCGCCCACCGGGUGCUUCCAAACCUCAACUUCGCGCCGGCGCAGUACCAUUGCAGCAGCGACACGACGACGGCGAGGACUCCGCCUGCCGUCUACAGUUUCUUCUCCACGGCGGCGGCGGACGCUGCCACGUCAACGGCGGCGAAGGCUGCUGCGUUGGAGGUGAACGUGGAGCUUGGGGUCGGAGGAGGGUUCGGUGAUGGUGGUGGAGGUGGAGGUGGAGGUUUGGAUCUUGACCUCAGGCUUGGUUGCUCUUGACUCAUCUUCACACAUUGUCAUCAAUGGCAAACGUAUGUUCGUGACCAUGCAUGGUAGUAGGACAUUAACUAGGACUUUAGGAGCGAUCUAGCUAGUGAUGAACCGAGUACUGAUGGUGCCGGCUAUUGCUCUUUUCUUGUUUUAGCUAUGUAUCUUUAAUUAAGUUUUUAGAAAGAUUUGCUCAAAUACAAGAACACUUCUAAAUUUAAGAAGUGCUCUGAGCUAGCUUUAGUUGGUUGCUUGGUUGGCAAUCGAUUAACGGUCUUAGGGACCGGCUGGGACGACUGCAGUAUCAGGUCAAGAGCAAAGAAAAGUUCAAUUUCGUGGUGCUUAUAUUACGAGCCAGCUUGUUAAA